GUUGUCUCGUUUAGAAAGCAUCCGGACCCCUGACAGCCUCUGCUCCCAUUCUCUGCGGAUGAAGUGAACACACAGCGGGACGCAAACGGGAGCACUGACAGGAGCCAGUAAAUCUGCGAUCAUCAAAACCGCUGACAAAGAAAGCAAAUCUGGAUUUUUCCGUGUUCGUGUCGGGUUAUUACCUGGCAACAGCCACAGCGGAGAGAUGCUGUCAUGUAAAGAGACGUCACUGAUUUAAAAGGCAGGAAAAAAAAGGAAAAAAAACAAAAAAACAGCUGUGACUCCACAUAUGCGUGUCUUUUGAUUAACGGGAUCAUUCGGAAGGAAGCAGUACGACUGAAACUCACAUCGAUUCGCUGACACGUCUGUACUUCACCACCAAGGAAGUGAAACCCAUGACAGACAAGAUUCAUUCACAUCCGUUCUGAGGGGAAACGUGUUUGGCUGAAUUAACGGCGCUGGUCACGUUGCUCAGACAUACCGGCAUGAUCCGACAGAUUUGAGUAAUCAAGAAAACGUGGGAAGAUGCUGCUGCAGCCUGUCCAUCUCCAUCAAGUGACCUACCUUAUACUUUUUAUCUGGCAAAAAGAAUAAAUUAAAAUGUCUGAAUAGACUGCAUGAUAUUAGUGUAUUUCUGCAGUCAUCUUAAAACCGAAUUUCUUCUGCUUUAUCCAGUCAUUGAUUAAACUCUGAUUAAAUUGAAAUUGUAGAUGGGUUCAGAUUUGAUUCUGGACACUGAAUCCAUCCUCCCCGCAAAGUUCAUUUAAUGGAAAAGUUUGAGAUGUAGCAGGUCAGGACAGAAGCACUGGGGUUUAUCCAUUCCUGUAAUUAAACCUUAUAUACAUCAAAAGAAAGUUGCUUUUAUAGCACUCUUGUGUUAUCAGUUUGGCACGUGUUGUGAUGCUGGAUGUGGUGAAGAUGAAGGAGACUUGCAGGAUCUGUGCUCGUGAGCUCUGUGGCAACCAGCGCAGAUGGAUUUUCCACCCAACAGCCAAACUCAACCUGCAGGUGCUGCUUUCCCAUGCAUUGGGUCGUGAGUUGACUCGGGAUGGCCGUGGUGAGUUUGCGUGCUCAAAGUGCACCUUCAUGCUGGACCGCAUGUACCGCUUUGAUACAGUGAUCGCCCGAGUGGAGGCAUUGUCUCUGGAGCGCCUCCACAAGCUGCUGCUGGAGAAAGACCGGCUGAGGCAGUGUAUUGGAGGUCUGUACCGGAAGAACAACUCAGAGGAGUGCAGUAUGGCCCCCACUGCUUCCAGCAUCGGAGUCAUGAUAGAGUUGGGAUCUGAAGACUCUCCUGUUGUGGAUCAUCUUUCAUCACUACAAGAUGUAAGAUACUCAGAUAUGAUCCAGGAUGAUCUGACAUACUCUGUGUAUGAGUCAUGGGCUGACAAGGAGGACUCAGCCCUGGACCAUCAUCACCACCUCCACCACUGUAUAGGAGCAGACUCCCUCUAUUGCCACAAGCAGAGGCGGUGUAGGGGUUGCGCAGCUCUCAGAGUUGCUGAUUCUGAUUAUGAGGCAGUGUGUAAGGUUCCUAGAAGGCUUGGGCGCAGGAGCACAUCCUGUGGCCCAUCCACCCGUUGCUCAACAGCCACACAGGGAGUGGAGUGUGUGGCCAGAGCCCCUGGAGUAUCUGAUACAGCUGUCACCUUUGAGUCCCCUUCAGCUGGGAUGGAAGCUGCUAAGACCAUUUGUAACCAGAGGAGUCCCAGCCCUGCAUCAUCUGUGGAGUCUCUCAACACCACCGUGGAUGUCAGUUUGCUUCCUGCAGAUCAUAAAGACAGGGAAGAAACUGAUCCAGAGAAAGAUGCAGGUGAGGCACCAGUGAGAAGAGACAUUCAGUGGGACAAAGCCCUAUGUGAGGCCGCUCUCCCUGGGCUUGAGAUGACGCUGAUCCUCCUGCGGGGUUUUGAGUACCGGCCAGUGAAGCCCCAAAGGGGCAGCAAGAUCCCGCUUCUGGUCAAAACCAAACUAGAACGAGGUCUGUCACUACCCAUGCCAAUCCCACUGAGGUCACCCUGUGCAGAAACAGCAGACUGUGAGCUGUACACAGACCACACUGUACCAGAGAUUGUGACCCCGUGUCCCCAACAGGAGCUGCAGGCGGAGUUGGAAGAGAUGGAGGAGCAGUGGCGGGAUGAUUAUGUUCUGUGCAGGCCAUUUCAGUUUCAGCAGCAAUUGAUUGAUGAGCAGCAGGGUCAGCUCAGUCAUUAUGAGAGUGCUGCAGGUCAGUGUGUCGGCGAGCUGCAGAAGGCCCAGGAUCAGGUCCACUCACUACAGGCCAAGAUCAGAGAGAGCGAGACCAAGAACCAGAAACUACAGGAGCGACUUGGUGAAAUGGAGCUGGAGCUGCAGUCAGCCAGAGAGGAUGCCCAACAACAGGAGCGAAGCAUUCAGAACAUCAGCGAUACUGUAAACUCCAAACAGGCAGAGGUUGCAGAGCUGUACAAGGUGAUUGAGGAGCAGAAUAAAAUACUAUGUUCUCUCAAAGAGCUUGCCAACCACAACCAGCUGCAGCAGCUCCAGGCAUCUGGUGCAGAGACUAUUAGAGGUCAGGGUGAAGUACUGGCUCUGCAAGCUUCUCUGUUCCAGGCUCAGUUGGAGCUGCAGGCUGGACAGAGGACUCAGCGCCAGGGGGUCAGGGCUCAGGAGGACCUGAACCGGGCUCUGGAGAGAUUAGAAAAAGAUCUGCAAGGGUCACUGCAACACAAGAGGGAGACAGAGAGGCACAACCAGGAGCUGCAGCUGGCUCUAGAAAAGGCUCGAUUAGCUCUCCAGGAGAGAGAGGAGCAGCUGAGAGAGAGUGAGCGAGAGAGACAGAGAGAGAAGGAGGAGAGAGAGAAGACCAUCAGAGAGCUGAAGUCUUCCCUGCAGACCAAAGAACAGCUGGUGGAGCAGCACUACUCUGAGCUAUUUGAGGAUCCAAAGCAGAAGAGAGACUCUAUGCUUCAGAAACUUCGCCAGCGCAUAAAGGAGAGAGACCGAGCUUUGGAGCAAGUUAUGGAUGAGAAGUUCCACUGCAUGGAGGAGAAGGAGGAGGAGAUCCGUCGCUUGCAGCUGCUGCUCAGAGAAAAGGAGAGAGACCUGGAGAGACAGCGCUGCGUCCUGGCAAGCAAUGAGGAGACCAUCACUAGCCUGGAAGUGCUGCUGCGGGGUAAGGCGCUGGAGCUGGAGCAGGUGUGUGAUGCCUGGAGGAACAUCCAGAGGCAACAGCAGGAGAGUGAGGAGAGGCAGAGCUGCAUCCUUAGAGAGAGGGACUCCAUCAUCACCCAGCUGCAGAAGGCACUGCACACUCGCACACAGGAGGCACAGGAUCUGCGCUGCUCUCUGCUAGCUCGUAUUCAGUCUGCACCAGGUGAUGUUCUGGAGGAGCUUAAGGUCCGUCUCCACCUUAAGGACCGCAUCUUCCAGGAACUGCUGGCUGACCGGACCCAUCAGGCCCAGGAGCACCAAAAGGAGGUCCAGGAUCUGCUCAGAAGCAUCACCGCAAGAGACCAGUACAUUAAGGACUCUGCCAUCCGCCUCAGUGAGGUAUUAACUGAGCAGACAUCGAGGCUUCAGGAGCUUCGCAAACAGCUGAAUUCAGGUUUUGAAUCACAGCCCAACUUUGGAGCAGAUUUGGGAUUGGAGCUUCAAGCAGUGCAGGAGGAGCUAUGUCUCGCUAUAAGGAGGGAGAAGGAGAGUCAGGAGCUAAGUAGGAGUCAGACUGCAAGGAUUGACUCCCUUAGCAGGACUCUGCAUGUGAAGGAGGAGCUCAUCAGGGAUUUCCAGAGGCAAAUGGUGGAUCCUUCAGGCCUCCCUCUGGUGGAACAACUGACCCAGGAGGUCCAGGAGCUGAGGGAGAGACUGGUUCAGGAGGAUGGUCCCCCAGUGAGAGGCCCUGUCCUGGGCCGUGACCGGCCCAACAGCAGGCAGCCUGAGUUUGGAGGUGGGCACCAGAGAAGCAUGGGACAAAAAUUCAACACACUGAUCCAGGCUCAGGCCAAAGAGCUGUCUCACCUCCGUCAGCGGCUACGAGAAGGUCAGGGUGUGUGCAGCAUCCUCACGCAGCAUCUAGGAGACACUACCAAGGCCUUCGAGGAGCUGCUUAGAGCCAACGACAUCGACUACUACAUGGGCCAGAGCUUCAGGGAUCAGCUGGCUCAGAGCAGUGCUCUGGCACAGAGAGUUAGUGCCAAAAUUGGCGGACGAGACUGUUCUGAAAAUCCAGAUAAGACAGAGCUGCUUGCCAUCCGGCUCAGUAAGGAGCUGCAGCAGAAGGACAAGGUCAUUGAGUCUCUCCGUGCCAGACUAAACCUUCGUCACCAUCACCAUCAUCCUCCUCAUUCUGAGACUCCCUGCAGCAGCCAUGCCCUCUCUGACACCACAGAUCAAUCAGAUCGCAUCUCUUAUGUAUCUGACGAGCAUGGAUCCACAAUUGAGGACCUGGAGUUGUGCUCCGAUGUGGAUGCUGCCAGUGAGCUUGGCCAGGAUGAAUCACAGACUUCUACCAGAGUGAACACGGAUUGUCACUCUCCUCAUGGCACAGUGUCACGCCAUCCAUCAAUCCCUCCAUCUAUCACCUCAUCUCACAGAACCCAAUCCUGCCACAGCUGCUCCAGCAUGCAAUGCCCCAGCUCACCACACACAGGCAUGCAGAGUGGGACAGCUCCUGUCUCAGUCUUCAGCCCUACUCCCUGUCGCACCUCCCCCUCUUCCUCCACCCAGAAGACACCCUUGCCCUUCCAUCCUCACCCUUCCAACCUGCGAACCUGUCAGCAAAGCAGUGGGGGGGUGGGUUUCUCCCUGACUGAGGUCCACCAGGAGCUGCAGAUGUUACAAAGGCAGCUGGGAGACAGAGCCAGGAUUUCGACUCCUCAAGCCAAACCUCUUCAGGGUUUCCCAUUUGUCCACCAGCAGCCAGACGCCUUUGGCUUCCUGCCUCUCUCCUAUCAAGGAUUCCAGCCUUCUCCUUUCAGCAGUGCUGCUAGCAACAGUAGUCUGGAUGCCAACUUGGCAAUGAAAGCUGGGGCCAGCCUCCUGGAGAGCAGUGUACUAUGGGAUAAAGCCUAUGGAACUCGAGCAGGGAGAGUUGGAGCUGACUUGUCAUCAGGAUCCUCAGGGUACCAGUCAGGCACCAGCCACACAGGUUCAGACCUGAUGAAGGAGCACCUGAGAGAGAUCAGGACACUGAGACAGAGACUGGAGGACUCCAUCCAGACCAACGACCGUCUCCGACAGCAGCUGGAGGAGAGACUGGCCCAAACCACCCCUGAGAAAGGUGCUCCUACCAAUAUUUACAUCCAGGGACUGGAAUCACUCAGCCAGCUUUCCAGUGAAGUUAGAUUUCUAAAGGAGGAAAACAUUAGUCUGCAGAACCAGCUGAAGCAGGUCACCAAAGAGGGCACUAAGGAUGCAGAGCAGCUGAAGGAGGUGGUGCUCCAGGAGCGGUCCAGGGUGAAGGAGGUAGAGUUAGAGGCUGAGAGGUGGGCGGAGCAAACCAGGAAGCUGCAAGCUGAGGCUGAAGCUCACAGCCAGGAGAUUUUACAUCUGAAACAAGACAGACAGAGGAACCAGGAGACCAUCAACAGGCUCCAGCAUGAGUUGAGUGUCCUCCGGCAGCAGCUUUGUGAGAGCCGCAGUUUGGUCCACUCUUUUCAGUGUGAGCUGCAAGUGUAUCGCAAAAUGUGCAGAGUCACCACAAAUGCACACACUGGUCAGGGUGGUGACAGCACUACAGCCUUUGAUCCCAGAGAACUGCAUAUUCAGUUGGAGCGGCAGCUGAGCAGAGGAGCUGACUUGCAGCCUCAAGCCAAGAGGCAGCUCUUUAGUGAUAAUGUUCCCUCUCCACCUGUGAGAGACACUGGACUCUUCAGUCCUUCCUCUCCUCAACAUGCUAUGCAGAAACAUGCAGAGGAAGCUGGUCAGGCAGCCCCAACCCUCCAGGGGCAGGGCCCAAAUGGCCCCUUGUACAACCGUAAUGGCCGCCAUGCCGUCGGCCACAUCGAUGACUUCAAAGUUCUGCAGCAACAGAUCCUUCAGGGAAGUGACCUCAUUCUUAAGAUGGAGGCUGCUCUUUAUUCUCUGAGCACCUCACAGGAGUUCUCCGUUCAUCAGCUUUCAGACUCAGGUUCUGUCCAGAAGCUGCUGUUGGACACUAAAACUCUGCGACAGAUACUGGAGGAGGCUGAAUCUCUACUCUGCAUGUUCUGGAGAGCAGCUCUGCCGGAGUCUGAGGAAGCCCAACAGGAUCAGUUUCUGAGGGAGGAGGUCCUUUCUCUCCGCCUGAAGCUCUCAGAGCAAGAGCAGGCUCUAAAGGACACAAUGGAGAGAGUGAAGAGCUCCAGCCGCACCAAAGAUAGCAUGGAGUACUUUAUAGUCAGCCAAUUGUUGAGAACACGGGAUGUCUUGAGGAAAGCCAAGACCAACUUACAGGAGAACGAACUCAGGAUUUCUUCCCUUCAGAAAGCCUCUUUUCCCAAUCUCCAUUCUUCUCCCUCACUCUCCUCCUCCUCUUAUUCUUCCUCCUCCUCCUCAUCUUCACACCUCAGGCCUGGUAAAGGUGAAAUCACAGGAGGACGCUUCUGUGAGCUCAUCGGUCCUGAUCGGAGUGUCAUGAUGCCCCGAACUUCAUCCUUUAGCUCUUCCUCCUCCCCUGCCCGGGGAGGACGUCUCCCCCUGCAGGAAAUCUUCCUGUAGCUGUGAGUUCCUCAUCACUGCCACCUCCAGUUCAAAAAAGGAAAUAAUGGAAAUUUUGUCUCUCUUAUUGACUGGGGAAACAUUUCAGUAGA